AUGUCUGCAACUUCUACGAUUAUUGUGGAUUUUGGUUCUUCCUCCGUGAAGGCGGGAACGGCGUCAGAGUCCCUUCCAUCUCUUAUUUUCCCCACAGUUGUGGGUGUGCCUGUAAAGAAGAUGGGUCUACUAAAGCGCAAUAAAGUGAAGGAUGAGAUGACACCACUACCACCAUUUAUUGUGGGAACUGAAGCCAUUCACGAAAUGCACCGUGCAAUACUACAUUAUCCCAUCCAACAUGGUAUUGUGAAGGAUUGGGCCAAGAUGGAACAAAUUAUAAAUUAUACCUUCACAGAAUUAGGACUAAAUCCAGAAGAAACUUCAGUUGUCUGUACAGAAUCACUUUUUAAUCCCAAACAUUCCUCAGAGCAGUUGGUAGAAUUACUUUUUGGGGCUUUUAACGUACCAUCUGUGGCGGUUAUUCCCUCUGGUGUGUGUGCUUUGUAUUCCAGUGGGCGCACAACAGGUCUGGUGUUGGACUCUGGAGAUGGUGUUACGCAGAUCACUCCAGUGUACGAUUCGUAUAUUAUCCAACGAGGGGCAAAUCGUAUUAAUCAUGGCGGAAGUGACGUAACAGAGUACUUACGAACUCUUCUUUACGAGCGUGGAUUUAAUUUUACAUCUCCACAGGAUAAAUUAACCGUUAAGAGUAUUAAGGAACAUCUUUGUUAUAUUUCAACCGAGUAUACAAGAGAACUUCAAGAGAAGGAAGAAAAACAGUCUUUUUUUUCUUUACCAGAUGGACAAAAAGUUCAAAUUGGAAAAGAAGCUUUUCGUGCACCUGAAAUUCUCUUUUCACCUCAUAUUAUGAUGUCUGAACUACCUUCUAUGCAAGAACUUGUGGUGGAUGCAGUAAAGAGAUGUAGUAUUGAUAUUCGAAAAGAUCUCCUCUCUAGUAUUAUUCUUAGUGGUGGAAAUACAAUGUUUGAAGGAUUUGCAUCUCGUCUGACGGAAGAAGUUUUAAAAGAAUUUCCAGGUCUUUUUGCAAGCGCUAAAGUAAUUGACGCACCUGAUCGUCAGUACAGUGUGUGGUCUGGCGCGAGUGUUUUGGCGGGACUCGCAUCAUUUUCUGAACGUUUAGUGACACUAGACAUAUUUGAAGAACAUGGACCAAGUAUCAUUCACAGCUACAACCGUGGUGCUGCUCUAAGUGAUGAUAAUGAAAUGGAGGAGGGAUAUUAA